AUGUGCAUGCGUAAGUUUAUCCACCGCCUUUCCUGCGAAAACCAUCCACUCUCCACCACCGUCUUCGAGGGACGGGCGCACGAGCUCAUCGUCAACGUCUUCGCGGAGCCUACCCCCUGUUACAGGCCGGCCUGUCUCGCCGAUCCGAAGGCGCAGCCCUUGUCGGUCAGGGAGAAGUGCCCCUACCACGCCUGCUGCCGCAUCUCGUUCGUCGACCUUCGCUGUCCCAAGAAGUGCUGCUCCGAGCAAAACGAGAAGAAGGGGAGGCUGGAGGGUGGCGUCUUGGGCCUGGUAAGUGGCCCCUCAUACAAGAACAACGUGUUCGAGUGCAAGCACUUUGCCUGUUUCCAUAUUUACGUCUUCGAUUUCACUAGGUCCGUCGGGGACGCGACCAAGUGGCGGGAUGUGAGGUAUCCCUAUCCUGACCUGUUGCGGGAGGAUGCCGUGGAGGCUCCGGAGGAGUCUGCUCUGUUUCGAGACGUGAGGUUGAACUUGUUCCGCGCUGGGCAGAGGCUCUUGAUUGCUAAGGAAGCCCACGACAAAGCCCAGAGGGAUUGGGACUCGGCGAGGGCGCGGAAAGAUGCCCUCAAGGAGCUGGUGGACGCCAUCGAGGAGCGUUUCCGGCUCUCCAGAUCCAACGGCCGUGCAGCCCAGGCAAAUUAUGACGACUGGAAUGAGAUGGCAGCUUUGCUGGAAGACCAAGGCUCUGGGCGCCUGAGCCGCCUCUUUCGGGCUUUGAUAAGUGAUAAUUUAGUCGAAACAUUCACCUGA